GCAUGACACCCACCCCAAUCUCUGAUAGUCACACUUGUGCCAGUCCACCUGCCGGGAUCAUAUUCCCAGAUGAGAAUCUACGAUAUCAUUAUUAAUAGAAGUGGGCACAGCUUGCCGCUGUAUGGUUUGAUGUGCCUCGACGUUUUGGUUUGUGAUCUGAACUUGUGAGGCUCCAGUUUCUUGAGCGGGUGCUCUCUGUUUUGCUAUGCAUAUCAUAAUCAUUGUACUACUACUUCUCCCCCUUUGACUGAGUUGCAGUAGAGCGUCACUGCACAGAAGUAGAAAAUGGUUGUUUACAGCACCCCGCGUAGCUAUCAGCUACAAGCGCUGGAGCGAGCUCAGCAGCAAAAUACCAUUGUGAAUCUGGGGACCGGCACUGGAAAAACGUUGAUCGCCGCGAUGCUGAUAGACGAACUGUUAGGGGAGGACGGGCACACGAGCGAUGGGCUGGAAGAUACCAAGAAGGCGCUUUUCGUGGUGCCGACGAACGAACUCGCACUGCAACAGACGCAGUACCUCCGUACGGAGCUCCCUCACCGGUCUGCCUCGGUUUCGGACCUGCGCGGUGCAUCGACCAGCAAUUGGGGGCCCGACCAAUGGCAACACGAAGUGAAUCGCAGCAAGGUGAUAGUGGCAACCGCUGAAGUUGCACGACGAAUUCUACUGGAUCAGCGCCUCUUGGACCCGGAGGAGUUGUCGGUUGUUGUGUUUGAUGAGUGUCACAAUUGUGGAGGACAGUCCCCAAUGGCGUUAAUUUGCCGGAAUGCACUGCACUGCCAGCAACAACAGGAAAACAGAAAAAGGCCUCGGAUUCUUGGCCUCACCGCCAGCUUUUGUCGCGGAGGAAAGGUGAACGCCUUGCAGCAAGAGCGCGCUGACCUCGAAAAGCUUCUGCAGGCCACCAUUUACACUCCGGAAGACGCUCCUCCGGUGGCAACCGGGCGCGCAACUGGCCGGGACCGUAUUGAUUCGUUUUGCAGUGCUCAGUCAGUACACUCCGCGCACUCCUCGCGCUCAGGUGCUCCUCCGCCCGCAGCGGGUACUGCUGAUGGAGUUGUUGACGAGUCAGAAGAGGAGCAUGAUCAAGAAGGCCACCGCAGUCGUAGAGAGGUGCAGUACGAAAAUGUGGCUUGGAACCGCGACAAAUUGCUGCGUGAUGAAAAAGUGGCAGAAGCAAGGCGCGAGGUGGAGCAGUGGCUUACGGAAAUCGCCCAGUUUGGCAUUCCUUUGCGGGACCCAGGCAGACACGCCCAAAAAGCCGCUCUCCUUCUUACGCAGUGUGGAUGGAGUGCGUUCGAGUACUUUCUUUCCGAGUGCUUACUUCCGCAGCUGAGCAAGAAGGCCGACAUGGUCGCCAUGUAUUCCGCAGCUGAGCCGGAAGGCCCAGAAAAGAAAAAGGAUGCAGAGCUGCUGAAAAAUCAUAUGGCGGACAAGCAGGCAGAAUUGCGCGGCAAGUGCCGCGAAAUGAAACAACAGGGGACGAUCUUCGCACGUCGGGAAGAGGAAGUGUCGCCCAAGUUCGUGGCUCUACUCGACCUCCUUGAGCGGGAAAAUGUGAAAGAGUCCGAGGGGCGUGGUAUCAUCUUUGUGGAAGAACGCGUGAUGACCGAACCAUUGCGAAUGUUACUGGAGCUAGCACGAUAUAGGGUCGGCUGCAUUGCUGGUGGCAGGGAAGAGGCAAGAUCUAGCUACGACGCGAAGGCUCGAAAGGUACCAACUGAGGCAGCGCCGCCCUUUACCACUGGUGCUGGCAACUUACGCGGUCGCGCUGCGGGUGGAUGUUCUUGUUUUAUUGUUCCUGAUUCUCAUCAUGCACAAUCACAGAGAUUUUCUACAUGAUUAUUUCAUUUCGAUUUCUCUUUCAGGUGAUGGAAGAUUUUCGGACAGGGAGGACAAAUCUUUUGGUCGCUACUGCGGUUCUGCAGGAGGGAAUCGACGUGCCGGAAUGUAACAUGGUCGUCUGGUUUGACGCCGUCACCACCGUCAAGAGCCACAUUCAGGGAAGUGGUCGCGCUCGAUCCAAAGUUGCCAAAAUAUUCUUCUUCGAAAGCGAUUGGGCCGAAAUGGAGCGGAUGCGGAAGCAACUGGAGGAGGUUGCGGGAAACGCGAACUUGGGCACGACGGACGCGCAGCGAGAGCAGGCGCGUCUCCAAACUGUAGCAGACCGAGAGUCCCUUGGCCCGAACGUGCAUCCCUUUCGUCUGGAUGAGGACCACGGUGCCAUCGAUGUUUCGAAUGCCAGCCGAAUCUUUAACGAGUACUUGCAGCUCGUGAUCAAGCAAAACGUGAAGCCCGACGCACACUUUUUUCUUUACGAAACGGAGAAGACCUGCACUUUCCCCCCGCAGGAGCGCAAGGUGCUGAAAAAGGUGGUGGUUCCCACUCCAGAGGGGGAAAUUAGCGUCACGGCCGAGGACGUGCGGCAGCAUUGGGGCGAGGUUGGUUUUGAUGAUGCACGGCUGUGGCCGAGCGCAGCGAAGAAACCCGGCAACGCGGCCAAACGGGAACGCAGCUGGUUCGUACUGGUUGCGUUAGUCCUCCUGGUCAAGAAGGACUACCUGACCCCGGACAAAUCGGGAGCCCUGAAACCAAGCGCCAUAGCAAUUCGGGAGACCUCAAAUAUGUGCGGACCCUACGCGGUCGCGCCGGAGAUGAACGUCCCAACCAACUUCGCGGAUGCCAGUGCGCCGACAUCAGGCCCUGCAGCGCCGCCCUUGGGCCCGGUAGAAGGAGCGACGGACGCUACGCAGGAUGUUGGGGAAGCGGGCGGCGGCGUACCCGACGCUGGAGUUUCUUCACUCCCCACGCCAGUUCCAGGAGUGAACUACAAGAACGCUUUGCAGGAGCACUUUCAAAAGCUUCGACGGACCGCGCCGGUAUAUGAGCAGCUGUCUGGCGGAGGUGUCGGGCAAUUCCAGGCCAAGGUGCGAAUCGAGUCAGAGCCUGGCACGCUUCUGGAGUUUUGCGGCAUCGUGCGCGGAAAGAAGAAAGACGCAGAGAUGGCAGCAGCGUGUACUGCUGUGGCGGCGUUGAGAAUAGAGAUAAAGGUCGCGCACGGAUCCUAACCCUACUGAGUGACGUGAUCGGCUUCAUAUUGCAAUUUCCACCUUUGCUUUCUUCACAUCGGUGCGUACUGUCGUAUCCCUGUAUGGACGAUUAGUACUCUAGUACUUGAACACGGUCAAUCUCCUUCCAGACAUUUUUUGCUCGCUCGCGGUAGAGCGACUCACUCCACAAAAGCGGAAACAAGGAAGGCUCACUCAUUCAAACCAUGGACCCGAGCUCGUGCUUUGAU